UCCGCGGCACGCAGCGUGGCUGCUCGUUGGCUACUUAGAGCGGAAGCUCGGUUGGUGUCUCUCCAGAAGUUUUCCCCCUCGGGCGGCGGCGGAGCUGGUAACCUCCAUAGUAGCAGCUGCAGCAACACAACAUUGACUAGUAGAGAUGGCGGCGGCUGCAGCUGGACCUGCAACAGCCCAAACGUUUUGCCGGAGCUUCUCAGAUGCUCUGAUUGACGAGGACCCCCAGGCGGCGUUAGAGGAGCUGACUAAGGCCUUGGAACAGAAACCAGAUGAUGCACAAUAUUAUUGUCAAAGAGCUUAUUGUCACAUCCUUCUUGGGAAUUACUGUGAUGCUGUUGCUGAUGCAAAGAAAUCUCUUGAAUUUAAUCCAUAUAAUCCCACUGCUAUGCUGAGAAAAGGGAUAUGUGAAUACCAUAAAAAAAACUAUGCUGCUGCUCUGGAAACAUUUACAGAAGGACAGAAAUUAGAUAGUGCAGAUACUGAUUUUAUUGUCUGGAUUAAAAGGUGUCAAGAAGCUCAGAAUGAGUCACAAUUAAUGGCGUCUGUAUCCCAGAGGACUCCUCAGUCAAAAAUCAAGUAUGACUGGUAUCAAACAGAAUCUCAAGUAAUCAUUACACUUAUGAUUAAGAAUGUUCAGAAGAAUGACGUAAAUGUGGAAUUUUCAGAAAAAAAGUUGUCUGCUUUGGUGAAACUUCCUGCUGAAGAGGAUUACAAUUUGAAUCUGAGACUUCUUCAUUCUAUAAUACCAGAACAGAGUACGUUUAAAGUACUUUCAACAAAGAUUGAAAUUAAAAUGAAAAAGUCAGAGGCUGUGAGAUGGGAAAAACUCGAGGGAGAAGAAGAGCCUAAGCCAAAACAGUUCGUAGCAGAUGUAAAGAACCUAUAUCCAUCAUCAUCUCUUUAUACAAGAAAUUGGGAUAAAUUGGUUGGAGAAAUCAAGGAAGAAGAAAAGAAUGAGAAAUUGGAGGGAGAUGCAGCUUUAAACAAAUUAUUUCAGCAGAUCUAUUCAGAUGGUUCUGAUGAAGUGAAACGUGCCAUGAACAAAUCAUUUAUGGAGUCUGGUGGUACAGUUUUGAGUACCAACUGGUCUGAUGUAGGUAAAAGAAAAGUUGAAAUCAAUCCUCCUGAUGAUAUGGAAUGGAAAAAGUACUAAAUAAAUUAAUUUGCUAUUACUGUAUUGCAUAUAUUCACCUAAUGCCCAUUGUGUAUUAUUAAUAUUGCAUUCUUGAA